CCUGAAGUUUUUAAUCGGUUCGCGCGGGAGCCGGAAGUCGCGCUCUGGAGCGGGGUCCUGGACUGCGGACUCCGUCGCCGGCUUCCUAAUUCUCAGCCCCGGCGACGGAAAGGUGCAGUCAUGCAAGAAAGCAUCAGAUUUGCCUCAUCGGGGGAUGAUAUUAAAAUAUGGGAGUCAUCCUCUAUGACUGUGGUGGAGCAGUUCAAUCCUCAUUCAUCAUCACUUGGAAUCAGCUCUUUGUGUUGGAGUAGCAAUAAUAAUUUUUUGGUGACUGCAUCUGCCAGUGGUGAUAAAAUAGUCAUUUCCAGUUGCAAAUGUAAACCAGUUCCACUAUUAGAACUGGCAGAAGGGCAAAAGCAGACAUGUAUAAACUUAAACUCCACAUCUAUGUAUCUGGUAAGCGGAGGCCUUGACAACACUGUUAAUAUUUGGGAUUUAAAAUCGAAGAGACUUCAUCGAUCUCUUAAGGAUCAUAAAGAUGAAGUAACUUGUGUAACAUUUAAUUGGAAUGAUUGCUACAUUGCUUCUGGAUCUAUAAGUGGUGAAAUUAUUUUGCACAGCAUAACUACCAAUUUAUCCAGUACUCCUUUUGGUCAUGGUAAUGGCCAGUCCAUUCGUCAAUUGAAGUACUCCCUGUUUAAGAAAUCUCUCUUGGGCAGUGUGUCUGAUAAUGGAGUAGUAACUCUCUGGGAUGUAAAUAGUCAAAGUCCAUACCAUAACUUUGAAUGUAGCCACAAAGCUCCAGCCUCAGGAAUAUCUUUUUCUCCCGUCAAUGACAUGCUGCUUGUAACCAUAGGCCUGGAUAAAAGAAUCAUUCUCUAUGACACGGCAAGUAAGAUACAACUAAGAACUUUAGUGGCUGAGGCUCCUCUAACUGCAGUAGACUUCAUGCCUGAUGGUGCCACAUUGGCAAUUGGAUCUUCCCGUGGGAAAAUAUAUCAAUAUGACUUAAGGAUGUUGAAUUCUCCAGUAAAGACUGUCCAUGCUCAUAAAACAUCUGUGCAGUGUAUAACAUUUCAGUGCUCUUCUGUCCUUCCUAAGUCAAGUUUAAAUAAAGGCUCUUCAAAUAAAUCUACAUUGAACAAAAGAACAGGUAAAGUGAGCAGCACACCAGUCCAGAAUCCUGGAAUUGUCAGAGAACCAACUUCUCUAUCAGGUACUGCUGUUUUAUCUCAGCUCAUGACCUCAGUUGAAGGGAAAGGAUCAGUGGCUGUUCCAGACAAAUCAGGUUUGCCUCGCAGCACAAAUCCAGAUGUUAUUCCAUCUAAAGACCCAGAAUAUGGGAAGAAUUCAGAUCUCUCCAGCUUUGAUGAUUCUGGAGGGAGAAGUAGUUUAGGGGACCUCUUCUCACCUGUGAGAGAUGAUGCUGCUGUCCACAAGUCAAGUGAGGACUCAAUUGCCCGAGGAGAUGGCCUAGACUUUCUCCCACAAUUAAAUGCAAUGUUUCCAGCAAGAAAACAACCAUCAAGUACAAACACACCAGUAUCACAUGUUAGCUCUCUUCAUGUCUCUAUGGAAUUCCCACUUACCGAAGAGAAUGAAAGCCAAGAUGCCACAACUGAGAGUAAGAAGAUGCAACUAGGAAAACAGGAAUCAAAGGAACCUUUAAAACAGGUAUCUUUGCAGGAGAAUUUCCAUCAGCUUGCCAAGUUCAUCUCCUCUGGUGCUGAAUCUGGAAAUCUGAAUACCUCCCCAGCACCCAAUGCAACAAGAAGCCCUGAGAAAAUAGAAAGGCCAGAAAGAGAAAUUCAAGGCCAUUUGACACAUGAAUUCCCAAUCAAUGGAACUACCAUAGCUAAUCCAAAGAUAACAUCCUCUGUCACUUCUGGAGUUGCCAAUUCACUUUCAGAAAAAAUAGCAGAUACCAUUGGAAGCAACAGAUCAAAUAUACCGCUGACAUCUGUUCAAAUCCAUUUUAUCCAGAACAUGAUACAGGACACACUGGAUGACUUUAGGGAAGCAUGUCAUCGUGACAUUGUAAAUUUGCAAGUGGAGAUGAUUAAACAGUUCCAUAUGCAAUUGAAUGAAAUGCAUUCCUUACUUGAAAGAUACUCAGUCAAUGAAAGUUUAGUAGCUGAAAUUGAAAGACUACGAGAAGAGAACAAAAAACUUCGGACCAAUUUUUAAAAGCUAUGCUUGGAAACGUUGGUUUUGUCAUUUGGGAUGGCCUUGGCAGCACAGAAAUAUUCUGACUCAGUAUUGUUUUCAUGAUUUCUGAAGAGUUGUGAGUUUUUUUUUUUUUUUUUUACUUAAAGUGUAGAUGGUCGAUCACCACUAUAUCUCAGUUGACUGCUCUAAAAAAAUUGUAUUUUUGUGAUGAAACUGUAAAAAAUGCCUUUUGCAAAAUAGGAAAGUUCAUAGGAUUUUUAUUCCACUGAAACUUCAAUUGUAUACACUAAGUGCCUCUUUUCAUAAGAAAAAGAAAUUUGCAGAAAAUGAUAUUUUAUGUAGGUUUCUCACAGAUCUAUUUUUGAUUAACAAAUUGCCUUCUAACUUUUUGUCUGCUCAAACUUAGAAAUUUGGGAUGUCCUGCUUUUUCUAAAAGUCGUUUUAAUAUGACAGUUGGAAUUGUUAAGCAAUUAGUUUAUAAAAUAUCGAGUUGAUUAGUGAUUAGUUCAUUACUAGGACAAAGCAGAACAUGACCAUUAUUUAUUAUUCUCUCUGUUGUGAAAAAUUAAAAUUUUGGGAUUUCAUAUUAAAACUAUUGCAUUUAACUUCUGCUGUUGGUUUUUAUAGGUCAGAUUACUUUGGUAAAUGAGCUAUUUGAGAGUUUUAUAAAUCUUCCUUUCUUUAUUGGCAUCACAGGAGUUAAUGUGCUAAUUAUUUUAUGAAGGUUCAGUGAACAUGAUUAGACCUGUAAUCAGUGUAAUCUUCAUUGGUGACUACUUAGAUGUCUUUGCAACAACAGUAGGCAAGACUUUAUUAAAUACUGAAUGUGUACUGGGUAUUGUGUUAGUUUGCAAGUGAUAUAAAAGGCAAGUGGAAAUAACAGCUUCUGCCUGUCCUCAAGGAGUUUACAUUCUACUGAAACAAUCUAAUUUACUCUAAGGAUGAGACAAACUGAAAAAUUCUCAAUAUAUUUUUGUACAAGAUGAAAUUUUAGUUAGACUGAAGAAAAGGCGACACGGGGUUUCUUAUUAAGGAAACACUAAAUCUAUGAAAAAAAUUAACAAAAUAUAGAAUUCUCAUUUCUUUAUUUGUUAUUUCUUUGAUUACAUUCAGGUGGCCACUACUAUCAAAUGUACAGCCUUUUGGUGAAACACCCCCCCCCCCCCCACUUAUGCAUUCAUGGGCACGCACACAUAUACAUACAUGCAGAGGCACUUAAAGAUGACUCUUCAUUAAAUAAUUUCAGAAGAACUAAGUGAUGACAAACAGCAUGGGAGGAAGUUAAAAGAAAUACAGUAUUAUUCAUCUUGUCUGGUAGCUGCUAAAAGUUUUAUAUUACUAUCAAAUAACUUUUAGAAGUACCUCAGAACUAUUUGAUUUCAUGCCCAAAUGAUUCAAGUUUUCAUUAAUUGCAUUUGAAGUAUAAUGAUAAGAACAAAUUAUAAAAUCAUAACAUUGAAAAUAUCAAUUUUCUAAAUAAGAAAAUUUCAAAUAACUAGAAUGAAGUCAUACAUAUAAUGAAUAUACAAAUUUGCAGUAAAGUUUUCUAUAUUUUACUCCAAAUGUAAAAGGGUUUAUUUUUAAAAUUAUUUCUGUAUCAUUUUUCAGCAGUUUAUAUGUGUGUGUAGUUUUUUUUUUUUUUUAACUGACUUUGCAGCAGAAAUCUUUGGUAGUGUUCAAUGCCAAACAAAUGCAUAUACUUUUAAUGUUGGAAUAGAUGGAUUUCUAAGCUGUUCAAACUACAAUAUCAUCAAUAUAAAUGAGAUUUGUAAUUGCAUCAGUUCUUUGUUCCAAAGAUUGUAAAUUAUAUAUCUGAUAUUUUCCUUUAGAUUUUUCUAAAAGUGAGAUGAAAAUGAAAGGCACUCAAAAAAAAAAACAUGAACAUAACUAGUGAGCAAUAGUUUAACAGUAUGACAGAUGAAAUUUUAAGUGACAAAUAUUUAAUAAAUGUAAAUUGUACUAAUAACUAUAAAUAAAAUUAAGGAAUACAGUGUUGCUCUUUUUCUCAGCAUGGUUUUUAAAUAUUAAAGAACAAAAAGGAUGUUAAUAUAGUGACUUUUAGCCACAAAAAUGGUUUUACUACCUGCUGCAAUAUCAUUUUACUAAAGUGAUCUUUCAGAAAGGUAAGGAAAACUUAAAAAUUAGCAUAUUGUGUAUUACUACACCUUGCAAAAAUAUUUUAGUCACAGUCUUCCAAAUCUGUAUGAUGUUUUAAAUGACCAGUGGGCGCAUAGAUAUUAAUUGGAAACCUGCUGUUAACUUGGUGCACAUUUAUCUAGAGCCUUACAUCCUUGUUUCUUGGUAAGGGCGAUGCCCAUUUACAUAUAAGGGAGAAGGUCCAGAAAAGUUAAGUUGACUCAGUCCUUAUUUAUUGUAGUGUCUGUGUCUUUUCUUUCCCUCAUCUGGACUGUGUUCUGUAUGGUGAAGGCCAUCAAAGGGCGCCACAGUGCAAAAGAGCAUUGGACCUAGAGUCCCAAAGCUCUGAAUUCAAAUCUGUUCUCUGAUAUGUGUGACCUUGGGCCAGUCACUUUGCCUUCAAAUGCUUCAGUUUCCUCAACUAGAAAAUGGGGAUGAUAAUUACAUCAAUUUCCCAGAGUUGUUGUGAGGAUCAAAUGAUAUAAUUAUUUGUAGAGUGCUUAGCACAUAAGUAGGUGGUCUAUAUAUAUGCUGCUGUUAUCAUUAUUGUUGUUAUGAUUGUAAAUUAUUAGAAUAUAUUUUUUAAUUAAAGCUUUUUAAUUUUUAAAA